AUGGACGGGACGCCGACAGGAUCCAGCACUACUGUUAACCAAAACCUGGCGAACGUAGCCGACGACAACGUACAAGUCGUUAGCAGCCACACGAAUGGAGAACAGGGCGCGGACAGCGAGGCAACACCGUCAAGUGGGCUCCACGGCACGACUCGCAUCGGACACCACAGCAACGUUGAUGCUGGGACAAGAGCACCGAACAACGGCAACAACGCAGACGUUUUUGAUAUUCAGUCACUUAUGCAAGCCGCAGUGCAAGCAGCGGUUAGAGAAGCUAUGGACGGGGCUCGACAACUCUACGAAUCACCCUGGCCACCGCAACGUACUGUUGCCAGCGAUGAGUCAUCACCGGUCGGGUACCUCGCUUCAGCGAGCGCGAACCUUAUACCGACAUAUGAUCCUGCUACGAACACUCAGCCGACGGUGGAAGCGUGGAUCAACAAGGUGGACGGACUCACGGCGGCCUACGGCUGGAAUGAUAAACAAACUUCUUGCUUUGCGCUUUCGAAGUUGGAAGGAGUUGCGAGAAGCUGGUAUGAUGGACUCACAACAACGCAAUAUACAUGGGUAGAGUGGAAAAGCAAGCUUCAAGAAGCGUUUCCAUCAAGUGCAAGUUUUCAACAGCUACUGCGGGAAAUGGAGGCCCGAAAAAGAAAACGGGACGAAACCAUCGAGAUCUACUUCUACGACAAACUCGCCAAGGCCAGAAGAUGCGGACUGGACGAUCCCGCUUGCAUCGAGUAUAUUAUCACUGGCCUCAACGACGAAAACGCAGUUCGAUCGCUAAGUGUGCGUGAAUUUGCAAAUACCCAGGAACUCCUUCGUUGCCUGAAACUAUUGGACGAACGACUGGACAUCGUCAAGCACUCGCGUUCCGCGGGUGGCGAAAACUCGAGUAAGAGUGCGAAACAGAGCACCGGUCAAACCGCAUCAUCCAAAGGAAAAGGAAAGCCAAAGUACAAUGACAAAGGAGAACCCCUCUGCUCCAAUUGCUCCGAAUACGGACAUCUUUCAGCAGCAUGUCCACAGCCACAGAGGAAGCCACGCUGCGACAAAUGCAAACGAACAGGGCAUGAGACUAAAGACUGUCGUCAAGACAAAGGCAAGGGUUCGGCAACGCCAAAGUCAGCAGCUGUGCUCGCACAAAACGUGGUCACAGCGGAAGGGCCAGCGAACGCGAAGUGCUUCAUGACGGCUCUCCUGGACGGUAAAGAAGUCGAGGCAGUUGUUGACAUGGGCAGCCAGUGCGUCACGCUUCGCAAGACUAACGCAGACGAAUUAUCGGUUCAGUACAGCGAUCUCUCAGCUCCAUUUGAGAUCCACGGCUACGGCUUUGGCAAAAUAAUUCCCAUCGGCAAAGCGCGACUGGAACUGAAAGCCGACGAAGCCACAGCAACGGCGGACGUCUACGUCGUCCCAGACAAUGCCCAAGUAGUUCCGUUGCUGAUCGGACAACCCUUCACAGAGCAACCACACGUCACAGUCAUACGCAGGGGUAACAUGCUGUGGAUCUUCGAAGAACAUGCGCACCUGGACGAAGAUGGCACCCUGCAGGAUAUUAAAAUACCCGCUCUUGCGCCACGACAUGUCAGCCUUUGGGCGAAGAAGAAAACGGUUAUUCCUCCGAACUACGUCGGACUUGUCACACUGUACACGAAAGAAGAGAACAUGGGUGACGUCUACGUCGAUGCUCAGUAUCGAGCUGGUCGAGGUUACGAGCACUGCAUCCUUAGUUGCGUGCUUCGCGAGGAUGAACAACAGGAGUACCUUCUGCCGGUCGCAAAUGUAUCCGAGCACGAACUUUCCAUUCAAGAGGACGACAGAGUGGUAAGAGCACAGUGGUGUAAGCCAGAGGAUACGCCAACGGUGGUCGAGGUGCUGUCCAACGAGGGCCAUAGUAGCGAAAUCAAGGCUUCCGAAAUAAACAUGGGCGCAUCUGUAACGCCUGCCCAAGCACAAGAACUCGCUAAACUCCUAAACGACUACAGUGACUGUUUUGCACAGUCAAUGUCUGAAAUUGGUUGUACGGCGUUCACAGAAAUGCGGAUCGACCUCAUCGAAGACAGCGUCGUCAAGUACCGUCCGUACCGUCUCGCUCACUCGGAAAGGGAGGUGGUUCGAGGUAUCGUACGAGAACUGGAGGAAGCCGGCAUCGUAAAAGAGUCGAACUCUGAAUUCGCAAGCCCUAUUCUGCUGGUGACGAAGAAAGCCGGCGAAAAACGAUUGUGUGUAGAUUUUCGUGCGCUCAACCGUAUCACAAAAAAAGAAAGCUACCCUCUUCCACUGAUUGACGACCAGCUGGACAGAUUGCACGACAAAAAGUAUUUCACCACGUUAGACCUGGCAUCGGGCUAUUAUCAAGUGCCGAUAACUGAGUCCAGUCGGUCGAAGACAGCAUUUGUAACUCCAGACGGGCAUUACGAAUUUAUCAGAAUGCCCUUCGGUCUCGUCAACGCACCAGCUGUCUUUCAAAGGAUGAUCAAUGCCGUCCUUGGUCCACUGAGACACACGAUAGUUAUGGCUUACAUGGACGACCUACUGAUCCCUACACGGACUAUAGAGGAAGGACUGACUUGUCUCCGUCAGGUGUUGGGUGUCCUUAGGGACGCAAAUUUGACACUACGACUGAAAAAGUGUUUGUUCUUCCAAGAGCAGACGUUAUACCUGGGCUAUGAAAUCUCUGAAUCAGGAGUCAACCCAGACCCGAAGAAGCUUCGUAGCAUCGCGGAAUUUCCAGUCCCACGUAAUCAGCACUAG